UUAAUGCUGGAAACGAAGUGAAAAGUUUUUAUAAUCAACUGUACGUUAAUGUUAGAUUUGUUUCAUGUUGGCUAGCGGAGCGUUUCUGGCUAAACGAAUUAUAACAUCUGCUAAGCUGUGUGUAUCAAUAAAGUCCAUAUACGCUUGGGAAUAAGAAAAUGUCAUGCAGACCUCAGAUGACCCAUAUGAGAAAUUUAUUUUGCAACACUUGAAGCAUUAUGGACUUUUUACUGCCCAGGGUUCCUCAUCUUUUCAGAGAAAUUUCUCAAUUGGUAGAUUGUGGGACAGCAGCCAUAAUGCUGUGUCUACAGAUCGCCGUCAUUCACUGGCUGAUCAAAGCCAUUCAACAGCUGACAGCUCAGACAUGGAAGAGGAGGAACCACAACCUCAUCAGGAACAACUCUCCUUUAAUAUGGAGAAGUAUCUCAGAACAAGACAGCUGCUUAUUGACUUUGAAGGUGGGCGGCCUGUCCCACGUCUGAGGGAACCACAGGCCCUUUUUUCUAUUCCUUCAAGCUCCUGCCCCCUCCAAAGUGUUCGCUGGCCAGUUGAAUGUGGAGUCAUCUGUGACAAAAUCAAUCACAUAGAAUGGGAUCCUCCAGAACCUGAGCCCUUUUAUCAACAGACAGGAUUUGAGCGUACCCCCAUGCCAGUGUCAGAGGAAAAAGGAACUACUGUGUAUUGUAUAGACUCAGCCAUGAAGACCCCCUAUUUUACUUCUUCCUGUGUUGGUGGACGCAGAAGGCAUUUAAAGAGUUUCUCAUCUGGUGCUAACAGCCAAGAGACACCCACACUUUCCUUUGAGUCUCGAUUUGAAAGUGGUAAUCUCCAAAAAGCAGUUAAAAUUGGCCUUUAUGACUAUGAGCUCACCUUGCGCAGUGACAUGUACACCACUAAGCACACACAGUGGUUCUAUUUCCGUGUAAAAAAUAUGAAGGCAGGCUUCAAGUAUCGUUUUACUAUUAUCAACCUGAUGAAGUCCAGCAGUCUGUAUGAAGCAGGUAUGCGUCCUCUGCUAUACUCUGAGCUCGGUACCUGGUAUAAGGGAGAGGGCUGGCACCGUGCAGGCAACAACAUUCGGUACUACCGGAAUCAGAGUGACAUCGAGGGGAAUGCACUUUAUUCCCUCACGUGGACGCUUCAGUUUCCUUAUGACAAUGAUACCUGCUAUUUUGCUCACUGCUACCCAUACACCUACUCAGAUCUUCAGGACUACCUGCGAGUUGUGGUUUCCAACCCGGUCACAGCACUGUACUGUAAAGUGCGGGUGCUGUGUCGCAGCUUGGCAGGUAACUCUGUGUAUGUGCUGACUAUAACAGCACCAGGCUCCUGGCAGGAGCAAAGGAACAAGCGAGCGGUGGUAGUGACAGCGCGAGUGCAUCCUGGAGAAACAAACAGUUCAUGGAUGAUGCAGGGCUUUUUGGAUUUCCUGUUGGGCGAGUCAGCUGAUGCACGUCUACUAAGGGAAACCUUUGUCUUUAAGGUAGUGCCAAUGCUGAAUCCUGAUGGUGUGGUUGUUGGUAACUACCGCUGCUCGCUGGCUGGACGUGAUCUAAACCGCUACUAUUGCACUUUACUCCGGGACUUGUUUCCGUGUGUGUGGUACACUCGCAAUAUGGUGAAACGAUUGCUCGCUGUGAGAGAAGUGGUGCUCUACUGUGAUUUUCACGGUCACAGCAGGAAAAACAAUGUCUUUAUGUACGGUUGUAAUGACUCCAAAGAUCCUUCAGUAUGUCUUCAGGAGCGUGUCUUUCCACUGAUGAUGAGCAAAAAUGCCAAAGACAAGUUUUCAUUCAGGAGUUGUAAGUUCAAGAUGCAGAAAAGCAAAGAAGGCACUGGCCGCAUUGUAAUGUGGAGGCUGGGUAUCAAAAACAGCUAUACAAUGGAAUCUACUUUUGGAGGAUCCACUUUAGGGGACAGAAAAGGAACCCAUUUUUCCAUAAGAGACCUAAAGUCUUUGGGCUACCACUUUUGCGACACUCUUCUAGACUUCUGUGAUCCAGACCAAACCAAGACUGCACUUUGUCUAACUGAACUGGGAGCAUUGUUAAAACAGGAGAUCAAACAGAAACUGGGAAAAGAUGUGGACUCACUAGAUGACCUCACUAAUGUAGAUAUCGAGUCCAGCACAAAUGGGUCCAAUAGCACAGAAUCUGAUGGCCUGCCUGCUCAUCUUUUAAGCUGCACAGACCAGAAUGUAAAAGUGAAGAAAAAACAUUUGCGGAGCAGAAAAGAAAGGAACAGACUGCGGCAACAACGAGCACAGAGUACAGAAUCCAAGGAAUCUCUACUUUUAAAUGAAAAUUUUGUGACCGAAAGAACUGAAGAGGAAACGACACCAAUGAAAGAAAUACAGGACAAAAGGCAAAAGGGACAAUUAGGGAGGAUAAAUCAGCCUGGAAGGACCUGGAUCCCACAUCCAACAAAGCGCAUUGCAGUUGCUGACCACGUGACAUUUUGGGGAGAAAAGCCAGACAGGCAUGGCACUGAUUACUCCUCCACCAUUGAAACUGGAGGGUCAGUGGUUCGUUAUGCCUCUUGUCCAUCCCAGAGGCAACUGCAGCGCCAACCCCUGAUUGUCACUGCAAUUAAGCACAGAUUAUUAUCUCUGCCAGUCCAGCAUUACCCCAUGCCCUUCAGCGAAGAUGUUAGAGCUCACCCAGAGAUGAGAGGAAGAUCUGCUGUGUCAAACAUUACACUGCACAGGAUUAUUCCAGAUUUCAUUCCUGACAGACACCUGGAACCCUGCCGUUCUACCCACUUCUUCCCAACCCGUUCUGCCAACCAGCUAAAACUCAGACGGGAACAAACAACCCAAUCAACCAUCGCUUCCCUCAAAUGCUUUACUCCUGAAAUACAGAACAGCAUGGGUGCCAUGAAAACCAACCACAACCACAGAAAUGCAGCAGGUUUGGAUGUACUGCACAGUGAACACUCCAUUGAAGCAAAGCAGUUUAAUAAACAAAAAACAGAGGACUCCUCUUUUCUUCCUAACCUUAAAACCAUUAGCAGGCAUGGUACAAGGCAUGAGGAAUCCUCAGGUGAUGCUGGCCUGAGAGCUCUGAGGCUAGCGAAGUUACCUGGUAGAAGAGAAGAUGCCAUCUCAUCAGGCAGCCGAAGCAACGAAGAAAGAAGUAAUGUUUUACCAAGGCUGCAAAAAAGUGUAGCAAAAACCACAAGAUCACAGGCUUCUGAGAGACUACUACAGCAGGAGUAAAAAGAAGCUGUCAUUUCAGAGAGCUUCACCACAAAACCUGGAAAACCUCAGUCUAGAGAGAGCAUCCAACAUUACACAUAAUCUUGAUGGCCACUUAGUAUGGCCAUCUAGUAAUCAUUGGCCAUUUUAUUAUUAUUAUUGUUAUUAUUAUUAUUAUUGCUCUCUACCCCAUAUAUACUAUUGUAUAUGGUCGGUUUAGCUUAGAAAAUGCCAAUGAUUACAUACAAGAUAAGGGAUAAAGUCACCAGCGAAUGAACUUUAUUUUCAUCCACCAUGCAAUACUACAGCUCAGCCAGUUUCAAUUGAGAGGACUUUUUAAUAUUUUUAAUACUUUUUAAAAUGUAAUAUUGUACCGAGUGGAUUUUUUAAUGGAUUAAUUAAAAUAUACCAUAUGCAUAAAACA